UUAUGGGCUGUGGGCGCCGCCGCCGCUGCCGCCGCCGAGGGGGAGCAGCAAGAUGGAGCUGUCUGCAGUGGGGGAGCGCGUCUUCGCCGCCGAGUCCAUCAUCAAGCGCCGCAUCCGAAAGGGGCGCAUCGAGUACCUGGUGAAAUGGAAAGGCUGGGCCAUCAAGUACAGCACCUGGGAACCCGAGGAGAACAUCCUGGACUCCCGCCUCAUCGCCGCCUUCGAGCAGAAGGAACGAGAACGUGAGCUGUACGGGCCCAAGAAGAGAGGACCUAAACCUAAAACUUUUCUGCUGAAGGCUCGGGCCCAAGCGGAGGCCCUCCACAUUGGGGAUGUACACUUUUCUGUCAAGCCUGGUUCCAGUACCUCCUCUCCCAAGCUCCACUCCAGCGCCGCGGUGCACCGGCUCAAGAAGGACAUCCGGCGAUGCCACCGCAUGUCCCGGCGCCCCCUGCCCCGCCCGGAUCCCCAGAACGGCGGCGGCGUGGCCGGCGGGGCUGGCAUUCGUCCUCCCGUCUCGCCCUUCUCGGAGACCGUGCGCAUCAUCAACCGUAAGGUGAAACCCCGCGAGCCCAAGCGCAGCCGCAUCAUCCUCAACCUCAAGGUCAUUGACAAAGGUGGGAAGCCGGCCAAUGGGGCCGGGGGCCUGGCCCGGCCCAAGAUCCCUUCCCGAAACCGGGUCAUUGGCAAGAGCAAAAAGUUCAGCGAGAGCGUCCUGCGCACUCAGAUCCGCCACAUGAAGUUUGGCACCUUUUCACUCUACAAUAAGCCGUCUGCUGCGCCUACCCCCUCUCUGGAGGGCAAGGGGGAGGCCGAAGGCUCCCAGGCAGCCUCCUGUGGGCUCAUUAUGGGCUCCACCCCCUAUGAUGCCCCCAGCUCCAGCUCCUCUGGCUGCCCUUCACCUGCUCCCCACUCCUCCUCCGACCCAGAUGAUUCCCCUCCAAAGCUGCUCCCUGAGACCCUCAGCCCAGCCAUCCCCGACUGGCGUGAGUCAGAGGUCCUCGACCUCUCAAUCCCCCCUGAGUCGGCUGCCACCAGCAAGCGUUCUCCCUCGGGGGGGUGCACUGGGGGGCAGACUCCCUCCUUGUCCCUCUCCUCUUCUGACCCGGAGCAGGAGGCUGGUGACUGGCGUCCUGAGAUGUCCCCUUGCUCUAAUGUGGUGGUCACAGAUGUCACCAGCAACCUCCUCACUGUAACCAUCAAGGAGUUCUGCAAUGCAGAGGAUUUUGAGAAGGUGGCGGCGGGCAGUGGUGGAGGAGGCAGCAAGUGAGCAACCGGGUCCCCCCACUCCAGGGGUGUGGGGGGAGCUCUGCCUGAGAGAAGUCGUGGUGCGAAUGGCUGUCCUUAGUUCUCUCCUUCUCCCCUUGGCUGUCCCUCUACCCUCACUGCCACCCUUCCUCCUCCUCUCCUCCUGCCCAAUUCCUCUUGCCUGGAGGCUGGAGUGUGUCAGUGGGGGUGUGGGAGCACCCACUGUUCCUGGGUGUUGGUACUGCUAGGAGGAGGCAGGGAGGGUUAUGGUGGGGCUGGGGAGUGGUUGUUUGUCCUUGAAUGUGGUGUUGUCCAACGGGCGGUGGAGCCUUUGGGGCUGAGGGAUGAGUGAGCACGUGUCUGUGUGCCUGUGCAGGUGGUGAGGAAGGUGCUGCUCUUCCUCAUUCCCCUUCUGUCUUUGACAAAAACUGAAGAGGAGCUCCAAACCCGUGAGAGGAGGAUGUAAGAGGAUUGGAGCCCUUGCCCAUGUCCUCCAGACUUUCUCCCGCAACGUGCAUGCAGACUCUUCCAUUCUUGUUUCCCCCUUGCUAUGACUACCAUCCUGCCAUCCUUCCCCUCUUGGCCUGCGGCCUGGAUCUGCCCUCUCCUCUACUGUCCUUGUGGCAGUUGCUGAUCCAGAUGCCCUCAAAGUGAGGGGGAGAAGGACAGGUUAAAUGUCAUGCCUGGAAGGUGCUUGAGACAAAGCUGGGGUGCUGGGGGUUGCCCCAUGCAGCCUAUGCCUCAUAUUGGCUUCCCCUUUCCUUUGACUGUUGGUGCUACCUUGGCAGUUGUGUGGGUGCUUUCAGGUGCCCUGAUCCCUCCUCUUCUCCCUCAUCUUCCAACCUGUUCAGCUCCUCAGGAGAAAGGGAAGAAAAGAGGAGUUUGCUUCCAGCCCAUAUCUUCCUCCUGAUGUCCAUCAGUGCUCUUGUUUGUGAGAGAGGGACAUGAAAUGCCUUUCUCCGGCCUUUCUGUGGCAGAAGCAGGAGUGAGCUGUGCCUCCAUCCUCGGUCUGUGGGAGG